GGAGGAGGCAGAAUCGGGAUGAAAAACUUGACGCCAGGAGGGGGAGCCGCCUCCUCGGCUUCCAGGAGGCACUCCAGCGAGGAGCCCUGCCUUCCUCACGCAGAGGACGUUCUCGCCUCCUCACGGCCCACUGCUGCCACGGAGACCCGCGGAGCUGAUCCGGGCGAUGCUGCCCACCACGGCCGGAGCGGCACAGCAUCUGGGGCGGAGGCGUCGGACUCGGAACCGAUAGACACCGCGGACGCGACGACGAGUGAUGGUCGCAUCAGCCUCGCUCCAAUUUCCAACAUGAAAUGCAACAAAAACGGAGAAUGCAGGAGGGACUCGGGCACCGGGAGCCUGCGCUCGAUCAUCUCCAAGACGGAGAAGCAAACCGGGUCGGCGAGGGCCGAUGACGCCAAGCGCGGAGCAUGUAACUCGACCACCGCCAGCAUGGACGGCUCCGUCACGCCAGGCGGGUCCCACGCAGGCGACGGCGUGCCCGAGAAGAAGGACCCCAAGGUGUCCUUCUCCAACGCGCCCAGUCGGAAAGCCUCGUCGUCCCUGCACGGGCCGGGCCAAACCCCGCAGCCCAGGAACUCCGUCACUUUCCAGAAGCCGGACGACGGACCUCCGAUCGUCCCCGCCGAGGAUGCGGAAGCCCGAGGCAGCCAGGCCAGCUUCAUGCAGAGGCAAUUCAGUAGUAUGCUGCAACCGGGAGUCAACAAAUUCUCCUUACGCAUGUACGGCAGCCAAAAGGCUGUGGAGCGAGAGCAAGAGAGGGUCAAAUCGGCUGGGAAUUGGAUUAUCCACCCUUACAGUGAUUUCAGGUUCUACUGGGAUUUCACAAUGCUGCUGUUUAUGGUGGGCAACCUGAUCAUCAUCCCUGUGGGCAUCACCUUCUUCAAAGAGGAGACCACCACGCCCUGGAUCAUCUUCAACGUGGUCUCGGACACUUUCUUCCUCAUGGACCUGGUGCUCAACUUCCGCACGGGAAUCAUCAUCGAGGACAACUCGGACAUCAUUUUGGACCCUGAAACUAUUAAGAAAAAGUACUUAAAGACGUGGUUCAUAGUGGACUUCAUCUCAUCCAUCCCAGUGGAUUACAUAUUUCUAAUAGUGGAGAAAGGAAUCGAUUCCGAAGUGUACAAGACCGCUCGAGCCCUGAGGAUCGUUCGCUUCACCAAGAUCUUGAGUCUUCUGCGACUGUUGAGGCUCUCGAGAUUAAUACGCUACAUACACCAAUGGGAAGAGAUCUUCCAUAUGACCUAUGACCUGGCCAGCGCUGUGAUGCGGAUCAUCAACCUGAUUGGCAUGAUGCUGCUGCUGUGUCACUGGGACGGAUGCCUACAGUUCCUGGUUCCCAUGUUGCAAGAUUUCCCCUCUGACUGCUGGGUGUCGCUCAACAAAAUGGAGAACGAUACCUGGUCCGAGCUGUACUCCUUUGCCGUCUUCAAGGCAAUGAGCCACAUGCUGUGCAUCGGAUAUGGUCGCCAAGCCCCGGAGAGUUUGUCAGAUAUCUGGCUCACCAUGCUGAGUAUGAUCGUGGGAGCCACUUGCUACGCCGUCUUUAUCGGCCACGCCACAGCACUCAUCCAAUCCCUGGACUCCUCUAGACGGCAAUAUCAAGAAAAGUACAAACAAGUGGAGCAAUACAUGUCCUUCCACAAACUGCCUGCCGAUUUCCGUCAGAAGAUCCACGACUAUUACGAGCACAGAUACCAAGGCAAGAUGUUUGACGAGGAGAGCAUUCUGGGAGAACUCAGCGAGCCGCUUCGAGAGGAAAUUGUCAACUUCAAUUGUCGCAAGCUAGUGGCGUCCAUGCCCCUGUUCGCUAACGCGGAGCCAAACUUUGUCACGGCCAUGUUGACCAAACUGCACUUUGAAGUAUUUCAGCCACAUGAUUACAUUAUACGGGAGGGCACCAUUGGGAAGAAAAUGUACUUCAUCCAGCACGGAGUGUGCAGCGUCAUCACCAAAGGCACGCUAGCAAUGAAACUCUCUGAUGGCUCGUAUUUUGGAGAGAUCUGUCUGUUGACCAGGGGCCGACGGACAGCCAGCGUCCGAGCAGAGACGUAUUGUCGACUCUACUCUUUGUCUGUGGACCACUUCAAUGAGGUGCUGGAAGAAUAUCCCAUGAUGAGACGAGCCUUUGAGACGGUGGCUAUCGACCGUCUGGAUCGCAUUGGUAAAAAGAAUUCCAUCCUGAUGCACAAAGUGCAGCACGAUCUCAACUCCGGUGUCUUCAACAACCGCGAGAACGAGAUGAUCCAGGAGAUCGUCAAGUACGACCGCGAGAUGGUGAAGCUGGUGGACCUUCAGAGGCCGCGGGCUAUGUCCAUGACGCCCUCCAUCGGUGGCAUUUUCGCUCCCCCUGGCCAAUCGAAUACAGGUUCCGCUAUCGCUACCCUUCAGCAGGCCGUGGCCAUGAGCUUCUGCCCUCAAAUGGGGAAUCCCCUAGUAGGUCCGGGGACUUUACAGUCUCCGCGUAUGGUGCGAAGAUUCCAGGUGAUGCAGAACUUACAAAGCCCGGUCUCUGUGUCUCCUCUUCAGUCGCUACCCCCUCAGACAUUCGGAGGGGCGUUCGGAUCCGCUAUUUCCAGCCCGCCCGUCCAAAGCCCCUUAGCAGCUUCAGGUCGGACUUUCCAGUACAUGGCCAGCGUGGGCCCCUCGGGGUCGCAGUUAUCCUUAGUACAGCACCACGUACCCAGUCCCACACAGACCCAGCAGAGGCCCGCCUCACAUAAGAGUACCCACUCCCUUCACACAGGGAGCUUGAGCCAGGAUACCCGCGCGUUGUCCGCGUCCCAGCCUUCGCUCCCCCAAGAGGGAGUUCCGCAAGCCGCAUCUGCGGUCCCCAGCCCUCCUCCCUCGACCCGCACUUCCAACACGUCCAUCGGACCCCCGCACCCCGGACCCUCUGGGGCGGGGAGAUCAGCCGGCGCUCAACAGAGGGUUGCCUUUGCCUCCACGCCUCCUCCCAGUGGACCCGCUGCAACGGGGGCGGUCGCGGGAACCGCUGCAUCAGGACCUCCGGACUCUGGCGUUCCCAAGAAAGAUUCAAUUGUCAGCCUUCCAGAGCUAGACUCUGCCAGAUCCCGGCUGUCUUCCAACUUGUGA